UUCGUAAAGAGUUCGUCAUCAUCCAUAAUGCGCGAGUCUUAUUAUGCGAUUGUCUUUUAUUUAAGUUGCUUGAACGCCAAAUAUUAUAUUAAAUUUCAAAUUCAUAAAAUCAAAACGACAUUUCUGUUUCAUUUUGAAUAUUUUUUAUUUUUCUUUUCAUUAAAAAAAAAAUUUAAAACGUUUUUUCGCUACUACGUGUAUAAAGAAGAUAAGCGCACAGAAGCUAGCAUGUCACGAUUGACUUUGCGGAAGUCAUUUUUUGAUAGUAUAUGGCCGUUAAUACUGUCUGACAAUGUGUGCGACACGCAUAGCAAGCACAGCUGCUCUUACUAUUAUCCAGACACAGUGUUCGACAACAUCUGGCUGCAUGGAUAUCUCGCCGAACGCGGCUUCAAAAAUUAUCAACCACCAACAGUGAUUCGUUGUUGCUUCGAUGAAGACGAGGGAAAGCUAUUGCUAUGUGAAUCGAGCGAGGACAACAACGCCACUGUAUUGGAAAAAUCUAAACCAAGUGGCAUGCAAGCAGAUGAGUUUUCCUACCAAUCACAGGACGAGGAGGACUCAUUGUAUAGAGCCAAGGCCAUAGAUAUUCAAUCUUUGGGACAACAAACCGCGGCAGUUAAUAACUCUUUCGAUACGCGUCGCAAGCUGGCGCACAGUUUCAUAAAUCGCCAGUACCCAUGGUAUAUGCAAUGGCCCGAAUAUUUAACGCCCUUCAAGCUUACCGAUGUAGCGCGACAAGAUUUUAAUAGCAAGUUCAAACAGGCUAUCAUACAGGAUAUGAUAACCUUUAACUGUAAGUUAAUUAUAAUCGAUUUGGCCAAACAGGUGUGUCUUCAUCUGUUGCAAGAUUGGUUAAAUUUUACGCGCUUUGCCUUUGUUAUUGUGCUGGCGCGCAGCGAGGAUGCUGUAAAGCAGAUCAAACUGAUGGGUCAAAACUUGAGCGCAGUGAUGGUGUUGGAAAAUAUGUCAUAUUCAUGGCAUGAACAGUUAACAGAGUCGUUGCGUAUAGGUGUGACGCAUGCCACUGCAAUUGGGGUUUUCGAAAACUGUGCGAAACCUUUUAUAUUCGUUUUCGGCCGUAGGCGACACUGUUGCAAAUUGAAUAUGCAUCGAGUGCUGAGAAAGACUAAUGAGAUCGGUUUAUAGCACAAGGCUAGGCAUACAUAUACGAAUAUACGAAAGAUGAGUUUUAAAAUGUAGUAAUUCUUGGAAACGAUGCUUAAUUUAAUAUACAAAUUUUUUUUGGUGGAAAUUAUCGCUAUAAGCAGAAUAGAAAAUUUAACAUAAUAUUUAACUGUACCAAUUAAAACUUUAAGAUGUGCAUUAGCAUUAUCUACAUAUAUUUUUUACAAACUUUUAUAUGAAAACGACUAAUAAUCGGAUAUGGUAUAUGGUACAUACAUCUUUUAAGAUUAUAAAUUAUGAAUUGUUCUAAAUACAUUAAAUCUAGAAGUCUGUU